AUGUCCACCAGUACAUCCGAAUGUGCUUCAAGCCUGCCUGUACCUCCGCGUCAGAACGAAGACGCACACCACCAGGCAUGGACCGACUGGGCGAGAAGAGCUCCAGGACAAAAGCUCACCUCGGAGAAAGAGAGAUACGCCUUAGCAUGCGGGGCUGAGGUACAGCAAGCUGUGAAAGCUGGCCAUAUCAAACCCGAACACGCCCGCAAGGCUUACGAAAUAAUUAUACUGACCGCACAUCGCGAGUCCGAUAUCAACCCGCGUGCUAAGAACCCCAAAAGCUCAGCCACCGGCAUACUGCAGCAAACCACAAGAUUCCAUGAGCGGAGUCCACGGAAUCCCGCCAGCGUCCGGAAGGUGCCGCUCACAGCGGAACAGCGCAUGGAUGUGCGGACGGCUGCUGGGUUCUUCCUCAGGCAGCUCGCCCACACACGCAACUGGCAUGAGAUGAAGAUCCAGGACGCGGCGUACCAGGUGCAGAAAUUCCCUCUCAAGGACAUGCACCGCUACGCGGACCCCGAGAUCACUAGGGAGGCUGUCUGCCUGGGUGGUGCUUUAUACCCCGGGCAACCGUCGAUGAUCGAUAACGCGGUAUAUUCGGACAGGGAGAAGGCCAAACUCAGUUGCCCCAGUUCCAGUCACUUCGGUUGUCCUGUCGGCGGCCGCGAUGAGGACACUCCCGAGCCAUCGGAGCAAACAGAGCCAUCGGAGCAAAUAACUGGCGACGGGAUCCCGUUCCCCAAGCUUCAUGUUCCCACGGAUGUUCCAUCUAUCGACUUGACACCAAAAGAUCCCAUGCCAAAGGAGGCCCGCGAAAAAUGGGAUCACGCGAUAAAGACGGGCAGUACAGGUGUCGGGACUGCGAUAGUCGGAAUGGGAGCAGGGGCGGCUCUGGGGGCAGCCACGGCAGGAGGUGUUACGGUCGUCCCAAGUGGUGCAGGACUAGCUCUUGCAUUCAAUCUCCUUCAUCCUGCGGGUCAAGUCGGUGCCUUGGUAGGGCUCGGCGUUGCUGGGACGUGCUGGGCGUGGACUUAUUUCACUCGUGACGACGAUGAAGUUCAGGGGCCCUCUGAGUAG